AUGAUUACUCUUAAAAUAUUGUUGAUGUACUGUAUGCUGGGGAUUGGUUGUUAUACACAGAAUGUAACGUGAGUUGUUUGUCUUAAGAUUUUCAGCAAAGUUUUUAUGAAAGUUGUUCAUGAUAACAAAGUUUAUUACUACGAUAUUAGUCUUUACAUCAAAUUUCCGGACAACAAAACCUCUCUAUAACGAACAAAUUCUGCCAUUUUAAAGCCUUCUUAAAAGAGUCAAUGUUUGGAUAAAAUGAGCUUCUCUACAACGAGGCCUUCCAUAACGACAAAACUUUUGGCCAGGGAUUUUAUCAGUCUGUCGGGAAAAUAAUGAGCACUCUGUCGCACCAAAAAAAAAGAAGAUUUUUUCGCAUUGCAACCGAAAAAAUGAAUUGUGUCGCAGCAAAAUCAAAUUGCUUUUCACUUCAGCGACGCGAUCGGCGUAGCGACAUUGUGCUCAUUAUUUUCCCGACAGAUUGACAUAGAGAUUUUACUGUCAUUUCUUGCUCCAUUUAAUCGAAAUUGCUCUUACUUUACCUUCAGCAACCACAUACAGCAAUCCUCAAACAGUCAUGUCAGUGAGCCAGGGCAUGUAAUGCAGCACAGUUCAAUGUCAAUGUCGCACAGUCAACACAGCAGCUCGGGCGAUGGCCGAGGAUUUGAUCCCAAGCUGAAGGCUCAACUCGAUAAACAACACGCGGACAUACUCAAACAAGCCAGAAUGUCGAUGAAUAUUCCGCACUCAGAGAUCGAGGAUUUCUUGAGGAAAAAGUCUGUUGAGGCCAAAAGAAGAGUUGAUGAUCAUAUGAAAAGGCUGGAGAAGAAUUUCAAAGCAACCCAGAAAGCGAUGGAAAAACAAAUGGCAAACCUCGCUGGAUUAACACAUGGCAUGGAUCAUUUUCGUUUGUAG